AUUUUGGAAUACAACACAACUGCGGCCUGUUGUGUGAACGUCAUGGUGAACGUGAACGUUGCUUUUCGAUUGUGGUAGCUGUCAUUGGGCGCGUUCAGUAGAGGCCCCGGAGUCAAGGAGUCACUGACUCCUUCCACUAGACGGCCAAAAGUCACUUCCGGUGCACGUAACUCCGGGGCUUCGGAGUCAAGCUCCGAAGCACCGAGUCCGGAGACGGUGCACGUAGAGUCAAAGGAGCUAAAGAUGGCGUCAUUUCCUGACUGGUGACGAUUUCCGGGGAAUUCGGCGGGAAUAUCCAGAAAAGGUUUCGAAUUCUCCCGUGCGUCUGCUGCCAUGGCUGCAUCGAUGACAUCCACUGCGUCCGAAAGCCCCGUUUAUCUGGUUGAAAGCGACGACGGACGCUGCACUACUCCUCUCUAUAUUAGUAUCGUCAGUGGUCAUCAGGAGUUGGACCCGCAGCCAUGUAGCAGCAGGGAGUGCGACGAUCAUGAAGGAAGCCCUGAUGAGGCUGGUGAAGGAGGGGCAUGGUCCCGCAGCGAGGUGUUGUUGCUGAUUUCACUUUAUGAAAAGUACUAUGCUGACUUCAACAACCGAAAGUUGAAGAAAAGAACAGUGUGGAGGAAGAUCAGUGUAGAAAUGAAAGAAGCUGGUGCCCACAGAUCGCCAGACGACUGCGAAAACAAAUUCAAAGGUUUGAAGCGGACUUACACUAGAAGGCGGCAAGAUAAAAGGAAGACAGGACGAGGGCGCAAGGAUUGGGAAUUUUAUCAACAUAUGGACAACCUUUUCCAAGAUACGGCCGAGUACACUGCCCCGGUGUGCACGAGCAUGCCGGUCGUUCCUGCAGCCUCAGUCACCGAGUCCCAAGUCAUCAUCCCAGCCAGCACAGGGCCGUCAGCCACCACCACAGCUCUAGCCAUUGCCAUGCCCUCCCAAGCCGGCGCUGUGUAUCCGCAGAGCGCACAGACUCCAAGGUCAACGAGGCAGCCUGAGCUCCCGCAAGCAAGGAGGAAGAGGCCGGCUGCAAUCCUGGGAGAAAUCCUUGAAAGGAUGGACGCAUGGGAACAAGAAGACAGGCAGCGGUACAGGCAGCAGCUGAAGCUGCAACGUACUAAGCUCCGACUGCUGAAUCGCCUUGUAUGUCAAUCUAAACAGUCUCAGCAGCCUUAAAGGGAUGCUGAACCGAAAUUUAGAGUUCGGAAAACAAUGCAGAAGCUGCAGACGGGACGCUACAAUCCCUACAACACUACUCGGAAGGCGAUAUCUCGAAUCGACAGCCGUAUUUUUGGAAAAAAAGUCGAGAUUGAACAAGGCCGAUGAGGCACGUGACGUCAAGAUAUCUCGUUUCCUCCUCUCUUCGUUUCGCUGCCUCAAGGCGGCGAGGCAGAGAAGACUCGAGGUCGUUUCCUUUUCUCGAUUCUUCUCGGAGAAACAAGACGUCAACAUACGUGUCAAAUGUGCCUCCUUGUUUUUAUAAAAAUAUGGUCAUCUGUUCGAGAUAUCGCUGUAUGAGUGAUGGUUUGGUGUUUGUGGCAUCCUGUUGCACGCUUCUCGCCGCUGUAUUUUGUGGAAUCCAGAUUUCGGUUCAGCAUCCGAUGCUGAACCGAAAUUGGAUUCUACAAAACACGGCGGCAAAAGCGUGCAACAGGAUGCUGCAAACACCAAACCAUCACUCAUACAGCGAUAUCUCAAACAGAUGACCAUAUUUUUAUUAAAAAAAAAGGAGGCGCAUUUGACGUGUAUGUUGACGUCUUGUUUCUCCGAGAAGAGGGAACAACCUCGCGUCUUCUCUGCCUCACCGCCUUGAGGGGGUGACGCGAAGAGAGAAGGAAACGAGAUAUCUUCACGUAACGCGCCUUGUCGGUCGUCCAUUCGAGAUAUCGCCUUAUGAGUGGCGUUGUAGGGAUUGUAGCAUCCCGUCUACCGCUGCUGCAUUGUUUUCUGAAAUCCAAAUUUCGGUUCACCACCCUUUAAAAGGUACACCGAAGGGGUUGGUGCUUACGUCAUUUUAUAGCUCUAAUUUAUUCUCUGUGCUCCAAGGAUUCAAGAAAUCUAGAAACUGUUGUUACACGUGCCCCACUUCAAUAUAAAAAAUGAGAUGUUCGUUAGAAAUCUGACAAAAAUGCUGCAGAGGGGUGAAGGGGCAAAAAUGAAUUAGUGAAACCAAGUGAAACACGCUUGGUUCAUGCCUUGGGCCUGCAAGUCAGCUGUAGACAAGAUCUUUUCAUAGUCGCCGUGCCCAUUUAUUCAUGUGACCUCGAAAGUCAUUUUGCUUAGACUAAAUGCUCUUCACAAUGCUCCACUAGUUCUUCUUAGCUCCUCCUUUUUUCCCUCGAGCCAUUCUUGUUGACAGUUUGGCUUUGAAUGCGUGUAAUGCAGAAGGACGCUAUAAAUUUCUCGAUUUCUAGGAUCCUUGGAGCAGAUGCACGAAACCAGAGCCACAAAAAGCAAAAGUUAAAAACCUCUUCAGUCCACCUUUAAAUUUCACUUGUCAUGGUCAUUUAGUGUGUCGUUCUGCGGCAUGAAAAGAAAGUAUAGCAAAAUGCUAACCUUACUAGUCAGGCCAACUGGAACAAGCAUUUUCGUACUAAACCUUAAGAGCUGCAUAUAUUGUUUGUAACAGUUAAUGUUUCUUUUUACAGUUUUCUUUUGCAGAAGCAUGCCAGACUUGUCUGUGUUUCGAGUUGCUGGAAAGUACAAAUACAGUAGUAAACAAAAAGUAGAUUCAUAGUUUUUGCUACAUUUUGGUUGCUGUCUGUACACUUCAUUUAGUUCUUACUGGUCAUUUUGCGAGUUGUUUUUUUGGAAAAUAAAUGAGCAUUACUUUAGGCAAAUAUCGGUGCAUUCUUAUGUUAUUAAGUACAGUUUGGCUUCUGGACAAGUGAAAUUUCUAAGCUAUACCAGAGUCCUGGCUAUACAUUCCCCCUACAUGAAUGAUUUUCUGAUCCCAGAUGCCACUGCGUUCAUGUUUCUCUGUUCUUGAGAUCCGACCACGGGCCUGUGAUUUUUUUAUAUUGUGACAAGUUCUAGUCAACUUUUAAGGUUUUUGAACUUAAUAAAUACCAUUGCUUGAAUCGUUUUGUGCAAA